CAAAGAGCAUGCUUUCACCUUUAGGAUUGUCUGUGCUUCUUGAAGUCACCCUGGAUUAUUCUGGUGGAUAAAACAGGUGGAUGAUAUACAGAACCUGCAGGACGUGCAAGAAAUGGAUAUUGUUGUAUGAUCUGGAAGCUGCUUAGGUGCUUAUAAACUGAAGAGAAUGAAGAGAGGCCUGUGAAAUAAUGAAGAAAGGAAGGAUUACCCUGAUGGAAAGAUCCCUCAAAUUUUCUGUCCAAUGACACGAUGAUGACCGGGAAUUGAGUGAAACCUUUGCUUCCUACGUACUAAGACAUUCUAAAACUGCAGUCUCACCUUGAACAUUUCACUAUAUCAGUCCAAAUGAUGAAGCUACACAGCAUAGGUUUUCUAUGAUGCCAGUGGGACGUAGCUAGUUUAAGGCUCUGAUUCACUGACGGAUGAAGAUGGAUAGAUGGUGACACAUUGAGUAACUCCAGGGUACUAAAUAAGCUGCCGUGUAAGCAGCUGGAUCUCUGGAUGACUGGAGGUAGAUAGUAUUUUUAAUUGGCCAACAAAGACGCACUAGAUAUCCCUAGAUGUGCUGCCGCAGAUAGCAGUAGUUUCAAGUUUCAUUGAGCUUGUGAGAGUCUAGGUCGAGAGGGUUGUUAAGUGUGAACCAUGAAUACUAGAGAGAGUGUUGAGUUAAUGGAGACCCAGGAGGGAGGCCUGAAGGAGAAGCUGCUCGGAGGGAAAAUGAACCCUGAAAACGACAUCGAAGGCGAGGAUGACAAAAUCUCUGGGACCUACGACUGCAACAUCUGUGGACGCAGCUUCCCGUUCCUCAGUUCUUUGUCGCAGCACAUGAGACGCCACACGGGGGCUCGCCCUUACAAAUGCCCCUACUGUGACCACAGAGCCUCUCAGAAGGGCAACCUCAAAGUCCACAUUCGCAGCCACAAACUGGGCACACUGUCUAGCCACCACUCCAAUGAUGACGAAGAUGGCGGGGCCGAGGAGGAGGAGAUGAGUGUUUCAGAAGGUCUGGACGGAGGUACGAGUCCGACUAAGAGCAGCUCGGCAUGCAACCGGAUGAUCAACGGGGAUAGUGGUGAGGAGAACCGGAGGAAAGUUCCAGGGAGGAGCGUGAAAAGAGAGAAGUCAGUUACCGACCAGAGGCCUUACUGUUGCCGUCUUUGUGGCUAUGAGGCCCUGCGAGAGGACCAGCUCCUCAGUCACAUUGAGAAGGUCCACAUAACAGCAGACGCAGACGACGAGGCCGCUGUCAAAGAAGAGGCUGUGGCUGAAGCCGACGUGCCCCAACCCCAGAGCGAUGGGAGUUUCCCUUGCGAGACCUGUGGCCAAGUCUUCUCCCAGGCAUGGUUUCUCAAAUCACACAUGAAGAAACAUGCAGGCAUCCUGGACCACUGCUGUCGAAUCUGCGGACGACGUUUCCGCGAAGCGUGGUUCCUCAAAUCACACAUGAAAACACACAACACCAAAUCCAGGUCACGGUCGAAGGCGGAGUCGGCCGAGAUUCCCGCGACCAUCAACGAUGUCACCCAGGAUCCUGACAUUAUCACUUGCUCCAUUACGACCAAUUAUCAAGUGUGUUCCAAAUGUGGCAACCUGUUCCACAACAAAGAGAGCCUCAGGGCCCAUGAGAAAGUCCACAGUCUCAGCUCCUGCAAGAAAUCCCAAAGCCAAAACAGACUGAGCGAAGAUGAGGACUCACCAGCUGCUAAAAGACGUCUUCUUGACUACCUGAACCUUCAGCCUGCUCAAGAGACCCAUGAAGAAGGGGAAGAAGGGGAUAAGAGCGAGAACAUGGUGCUUGGUGAAAGAAUCCCAGAGCUAGAUCCAGUCUGCAGCUACCAGGCCUGGCAAUUAGCUACUAAAGGAAGGGUUGUGGAGCCCGUGGAGCCAAGUUACAAAGCCUCCUAUGGGGGAGGAAGUAUGGGCGAGGAAGCCCUUGCCGAAGCAGCUGUGGUUUUUGAGAAGGAAAGCAGUCGUUAUGUCCUGCAGAGUCAAGAGAAACGCAGCAGCUCAGGGCGACGUAGCAGCUCUGGUUUGGGAAGCCAUGCUUCAUCAGGUGAUCGGACACCAGAGAGCCUUAGCGACUCAGAGUACAGGCCUUCUUCUCGUCAGGACCGAAGGCGACCAUCUCAGUCGCAAGCCAGGUCCAACGAGUGCUUUGAGUGUGGGAAGGUGUUUCGCAGUCGUCACCAGAUGAUUGUCCACCAACGGGUCCACAGAAAGGACGGGGGUAGAGCAUCUGUGGGGGAGAAGGAAAGAACUGCAAGGGAUGACCGAUGGGGCUCGACCAGUGAUCCAGAGUCAGGCUCCCCUAGCCGGCCCAGCACUCCAGGGUAUGGAGACUCUCCACCAGGAUCGACCCUUGGAGACCAGGCCUCAGGGAUGGGUACGGCAAACUCUGGAGAUAUUACAGGUGAGAAGCCUUACAUCCGCAGCCUGUCAGACUUUGUCACCACAGAGCUGCAAACCCAUUCAACUCAUGUUCGUGUCCAACACCCGGCUGCCUCUGAUGAUAGACCCAGCCCCAUUCCAAGCCCUAGCUCCAGCUCAGACAGGGGCACCCCCAGUGGUUACCCCAAACUGAAGAAGGCUCUUCUACAGGGGUCGAACAACUCUGCUUCACCUUCUGCUCACCGCUCAGCACGAUCAUCCCCACUCGAUCCCAGCCUGACCCCUGUGGAUCUCUGUGUGCGGGCCGAGGGCUGCAGGGGCAUCAACUCCCUUAACCUGGACAGGAAGAGCCUCCCUAGCCACAAGUGCUCCUUUUGCUCCCACUCCACUCGCUACCCAGAGGUGCUCUGGAUGCACCAGACUGUGGCUCACCGUAUCAACAGCAGUAGCUCAAAUCUUGCUCCAAAAUGGGCCUUGAAAAACAGCUCCAAGGUCUCCAGGGACAACUCCUUAUCCUCCAAGAGACGUACUGGUCCUCCACCAGUCCUGGAAGGAAAGGAGUGUCCACCGCUGCCUUCAUCCAUUCGCACCCAACGCACCCAGCCCCCAAACUACUCCACUGAGGUUGUGAAGAAGAGCAAGCCUACUGUUAAAGCAGCCAUGCCUUCGUCAUCCUCUGCUACUCCCUCCUCCUCCUCACUCCCCAGGGGCCCCUCAUCCACCUCAGGCAGUCAAGUUGUGAGAGUCCCUGUCCGAUCAGGUGGGAGCUCCAGCAGACAUGCGGAGGACCAGAGUCCUCAGUCUCGCUUCAGGCCCAAAGUGGAUGUUUACCCUCGAGGAAGCUCGUCCUCUUCUUCCAGCUCGUUGGAGAAGAGCACCAGAGCCCUCUCCCGUUCCUCAGCCCCGAGCCCCAGUUCUGCUUCUGCAUCCCGGAUCUCUGACCGCUACAUGAUGCCUCAGGAGGGCCUCGGCUUCAUGCUGACCAGCAAACACGGUCUAGCAGAGUACAGCCGAGCCAGGGGUUCCCCUCAUCAGCCACUCGCCAACUCCCACCACAGCCAGGGCCGGGCUAAUGCUACAAGGCCCAGCACCAUCACCCACAGCUCUGCAGCGGGACUUAACUACGGGGCCUCCCAGGCACAUGGAGGCUCUAUGCAGAAUCCUUCCUCCCUCUUCUCCUCUUCCUCCUCCUCUUCUUUGCCUUCAGAGGCUCGAGGGAAUGUAAAGCAGGAGCUAAUUGCAGAGACACCAGAGAUGCCAGCUGAUGUUCUCGGCUUCCUCAAAAACUACAGUCCCCAUGAGCUCGCCUCUCUCUACCACCGCUGGGGUGCAGCUAACGCACUACUGGAUCCCACUGGGAUGCUGAGGUCUCUCAUGCGGCAGGGACAGUACUUCUGCCACGAGUGCGGGAAGAGUUUCAGCCAGCCGAGCCACCUGCGCACCCAUAUGAGAUCCCAUACAGGGGAGAGGCCAUUCUGCUGCCAGCUCUGCCCAUACCGAGCCUCUCAGAAAGGGAACCUAAAGACGCACGUCCAGAGUGUCCACCAUAUGCCUUUCGACAACAGCCAGUACCCCGACACCAGGAGUUUGUUUCUGAGCCAUGAGGAGCAAGGAGCGCUGGAUGCCAAACACCCACCAAACAACGGAUAGAGAAGGAUCGGGACUGUGGACUAGACUAGUCAGGGAAUUAAACAUCCACAAAAACAGCAUCACUGUUCUGAAAAAUGAGAGGACUAAAGGAUGGACCCAAGCCUCUACUUAACAUCUAUUAUCCCUUCAAAUAUGUUUCUGAAAGGCCCUUGUAGUUUUUAAAAUAUUUGUUUCUCUAUAUAUGAAGCUUGUUGUCAAGCAACUUUAAAAUCAAAAUGACUGACAUCAGAAGACAAGAGUUUCUCAUCUAUUUGUAGAAAGACUUUUCUGGUGUCAGGUGUGCGCACUGGCUUGUAAUCCCCCCCACGCAGUAGAAAUGAAGAACUGAACUGAGAAAUGUCCGAUCAGCAGGAAAACUGGACUUAACGCUGAUUGAUCGGUGCUCCUCUUGGUCUUGUUUGAAAUGAAGGUUGACGAAAGUUAAUAAAUUGUGUGUAGUUUACAUCACCUUUAAUGAUUCAUGAUGACUAUAAAAGGCCUGCAAAAAAAUGUAAAGAGUUGCCUCUUGCUGCCUUUUUGGAGGUACCAACAGGUGAAGAAGUUGCCAUCGGGCAUGCUUUACAAGAAAAAAUGAAAAAAUAAAUUGAGCUUAAAUUCGAGGGUUAAAUCAAUGACUUGUGGCAUUGCAUGGCUGCUGUAGUUGCCCCCAUCUUUUCCCUUUUCUAAGCUUUAUAGUAAAAGAAUUGUGCAUUCCUCAGGACACCAAUCAUCAGAAACAAGAGACACUCUGCAGUUCAUCAACAGUCAACAGACACUGGGAUCUGACUCAUAAAUAGGAAUACUUCCAUCUGUGUGUGUGUGUGUGUGUGUGUGUGUGUGUGUGUGUGUGUGUGUGUGUGUUGUGUGUGUGUGUGUGGUUAAACUUCCCUACACUCCAAAGUGUAAUGUUAGGAGUGCAGUGACCACUCUGAGUCUGUGCAGUUGAUGAUUAGAAGAAAGGAAGAGAGAGAGAAAGAGAGAUGGGAUUAAAAGAGCAAGAGAGAGAGAGAGAGAAAGAGAGAGAGGGAGAGAACGCUAAUGGGGGUGUCUGCUUUAGUGCUCAUUAAAAAGAGUGUGCGUUUUUAAUAGCCAAUAUAAAUGAGCGGACCAUUUUUAUGGUCAUUCAAUUAUUGUCCAUUUAAGAGGAAGGGGCUGAGUGGAGGCAGUUUUCAUCCAUAACUCCUUCAUAUUAGGGGAGGUUUACAGAUACAGAUCCUUCUGACUUUGAAUUAGACUGACUCUAAAACAGUUGGAAUUAAGAGAAGAUGCUAUAUAGCUCCCAACUUGAGUUCCUGCUAACAAAAAUAUGGCCUUGCUAGAGUUAGCUUAAUUUCAUAUUUCUGAAGGGAACCAAUAGCUUUCUGGCCCUUCAGUCUCCUUAACCCAUUAUGUUAUGAAAGCUUUGAUACCAAACCAAUCCUGCAACUUUUGAAGAAAUCGUUUUGACUGUACAGAAUAAGUUAGCUUCAGCUAGUAGGUUUAGCCGGGCUCUGAGCUAUCCUAACUGUACAGAAACAGAUGCUAGGACCAAUUUGUUGAUAAAGUUUAAAAGGUCUAAAAUGAUAUGCUGUGUGAAUUGUGAAGAUUAAGAUGUAAAAAUUAAGUAAAAAAAACCUAAAAAACUCAACUUCACAGAAACUGUAAAGUUUUUCACUGGAAAGAGUGACACUAUUUCCAAAAAUACAAGUCUUCAACACAGAUUCUGUUUCUCUUUUUCACCUUUUUCAAGCCAUCGUGUUUUUGUAGUGUAGCAUUCAGAGCCACACUAAGUAAGUCCGUAUUCAGGCUCUGUGCUAAGCUAAGCUAAUUAGCAGCUAAUUGCUUUACCAUCAUGUUGAAUGCAAAACACAAGAGUGGUAUCAAUCUUUUCAUCCAACUCUUAUCAAGACAGUGAACGAGCUGAUUACCUAAAAUAAAGCAGACUUAUUCCUUCAAACCUGUCGAGUUUGUCAACAUAAUAUAACAUGACCUUUUAUUCAUCAUGUCCACUUCAUAUUAGCGCUCACCUGGAAAAGUAAACAACCAGAGUUACGGUGCUACUUUACUAAUAAGCCAAACUCCCUGGUGUUGUCAGUCUAGUUUCUUGAAUGGUGAUGAGAAGAUUUGCAUUCGAGGAGAAAAGAGUGAGGAGGUCAGAGAGAGAGAGAACAGCCAGAGGUCUGAGGUCAGGCUUCCAGAGAGUUCAGGUAUAAACACACCAGAUGGAGAUUUUGAAGGAAGCUGUAGAGCUGUCACAGCCUUAACACAGAUGUGUGUGUGUGUGUGUGUGUAUGUUUCUUUUUGUUCCAAACUUCUCCACACUGUAUAAGAGGCCGCCUCACUUCUGUCCUGCAGCCUCCCUGCAGAUGCUUUGUACACUGGCCUACCUCCUUAGCAAAGAACACCUAUUUGAAGUUCAUUGGCUGGUUGGCCUGACUGUUCUUUGCUAUAGGAGGCGUACCUGGGGCUUUUUCCCCUUCUCAAUAGCCUUUAAUGAUUGAAAAAAAGCCAUGCCUUGAUAUAUUGGAGUAAAAAUCCGGAAAACUCAUAAUUACAAAGUAGGACUAGAGCCGUAGAGAUGGUUUUGUACACUUGAAAAAAAUCUAAAUUCAAACAGGUUAAAGGUUACAGAGUCGUGUACAUCCCGUCUCUUUUAAAACCUCAGUAGUUUUUACAUUCUAAUGAAAAUGGUUGCUGUACCAGUGGGUCGCUGCAUACAAAAUUGUAUGCUUGAAAAAAAAUGCCUGAUCAUACACAGGUGUGUAUACUGAAGGUGUGGGUAGUGAAAAUACUUGAAAUAAGGAUACUCUAGCCUUGGAGGUAGUGUAGUACUAAUACCAAUGUUGUACAGAAUUCCCUUUAAGAUUAACUCCUCAGUUAUGAAUUUGUACUCCGAAGUGUGACUUAGAAAAACUAUGAAGCAGGAGUGAGUGUAUGUAAUAUAAAGUGUAUAUCUGUAAUCCACUCUUUACCAAACCCUUAUAUACAGCGGUAGAAACCAAAUGGCAUUAAUAGUGCACUUAGACUAGGUUACUGCUUUAACCGUUCUCAGUUUGCACCGUUCUAGCUAAGGUUUCUUUGAGAAUGUUUUUUUUUUAAUGGUGCCGGCUAACACUCUUCAAUGUCAUUUCUGGUUUAGAGUCUUUUUUGUUAGCAUAAUUUCAUAGAUUUUAAUGACAAAGGGUUUGUUCUGUGACGGCUUAGCUCAUGGAAAGUUUGAUAAUGCUAGUUGCAGCAGUGCUUUAUUUUACUUUUUUUCAACAACAACAAAAAAAAGAUGUAAGAGUGUGUUUUUAGUCUUUCUCUUUGCUAAACUGCAGGAUUUGUUCAGUAGCUAGUCAUGGCUGCCCUCCCAGAGGGGCUGGCAGGUGUUGUUCUUUUCUCUUUGCUUGUUUUUUUUCUUUCUAUGAUGCCUCUUAAGUUGUAUUAUUUGUGUCCGUAUUGCUUUCUUUUAUUUUUUAUUCGUUUUGAACUUCAUGAUUAAUUUACCUUAGAAGACAUUAUUAUUAUUCCAAAUGUAUUUGGUUGAUAUCUGUAUUUAUUAUCACUUCAAAAAGGAUGCGAGGACAGAGGCAGACAGGAGUGUUUGUUUAAUUUGAUUUUUCUGGGUUGUUUUUGUUUUUAUACUGUGUAGUUUUCAUGCCAGCAAGCCGAUGUGAAAGCUCUACCUCGUCUGAGCCAUUCUCAGUUCUGUUACACUUUUGUACAUCAUUUCAAAAAGAUGUAAUGUCAUGUCCACAAUAAAGACACACAAAAUGGCACCUGUUGGCGCUGUUU